AUGUCUGUAAAGAGGCACUCAUUGGACGACAUCGGUCUGGACCGUGAGAAUCGUGAACAUUUUAAAAAGCAUAAAAAUGCAAAGUGGCCAAGUUGCUUAUCUUCAGAAGUCCCAUAUGUCAAGAGCGAUUGUAACGGUGGUUUACAUCAGCGCAGCAAUUCUGAACGUAAACGGCCUGCAAAUAGAAUGUCUUUGAAUAAGGUGAAAAAGAAGUUUUUAGGGAAAGCUGUUUCUGAAAGUAAAGGCUGUGUGGAUGAAGCGGAAUUGAAGAACUGUGUGCCGAAAUUGUUAAUUACCAGUCUGCCUCGCACUGUGAAUAGUACCGCUCUCAAAAUGCGUUCCCGUUAG